GAGGCGCCAAGAGAGAAACAUCAUCUCUCAGCUACGUAGUUUGUCUAUCCGUUAUCCUCUAUCAUCAAUUGAUAGCUAAUUCCACCAAACCGAUCUCUAAAACGAAGUAAUACCACCAGACAUCACAAUGGUAUCCGAAAAGAGGCCGACUCUCGGCUCCGUCAUGGUCAUUGGCGGUUGCGGAUUCCUUGGCCACCACGUUGUUCGCGUGUUGCUGAGAGACUACAACUGCUCUGUUUCCGUUAUCGACCUACGAUGCACUCGCAACCGGAGGCCCGAGUCGGAUAAUGUGGCAUACCACGAAGCCGACAUUACCGAUGCCGCCAAGGUCGAGAGCAUCUUGAGCAAAACCAAGCCCGAUGUUGUGAUCCACACCGCGUCGCCCCCUGCACAAUCCAACGACAGUGUCUCGCAUGCCCUUUUCAAGAAGGUCAAUGUGGACGGGACCGCGGCCGUGGUUAAGGCGUGCCAGCAGACGGGCGUCAAGGCGCUGGUGUAUACGAGCUCAGCAAGUGUGAUGAGCGACAACGCGAGCGAUCUGAUCAACGCCGACGAGCGGUGGCCCAUGAUCCGUGGCAGCCAGCAGACCGAGUACUACUCGGAGACCAAGGCCGCCGCCGAAGAACUCGUCCUCGCCGCCAACCGCGCCGACGAAUCCCCCAACCUCCUGACCUGCGCCAUCCGCCCCUCGGGCAUCAUGGGCGAGGGCGACACCAUGGUGCUGUACCACCUGAUCAACAUCCUCCGCCAGGGCCGUUCGGGCGUCCAAGUCGGCGACAACGACAACCUCUUCGACUUCACGUACGUCGAGAACGUCGCGCACGGGCACCUGCUGGCCGCGCGCGCGCUCCUCCUGACGGCCGCGACCAAGACAAUCCCGCUCGACAUGGAGAAGGUGGACGGCGAGGCGUUCCUCAUCACCAACGACAGCCCGGUCUACUUCUGGGACUUUGCGCGGUCCGUGUGGGCGGCGGCCGGCUCGCCGCACGGCACCGAGCACGUGCGGGUGCUCCCGCGCAGCGUCGGCAUGGUGCUGGGCUACCUCAGCGAGUGCUUCUUCUGGGCCAUCAACAAGCCGCCCACCUUCAACCGCCAGCGCAUCGUCUACAGCUGCAUGACGCGCUACUACGACAUCUCAAAGGCCAAGAAGAGGCUGGGCUACAUGCCCCUGGUGAGCCUGGACGAGGGUGUGAAGCGGUCCGUGAAGUGGUUUCUGGAACAGCAGGAGGCUAGCAAGAAGGCGUGAUGUGGAUAGGAGGGGGUUAAUGCUGGGAUAACGUCCUAGAUUUUGAGCGUUGUGUGUACACGGGAAAAAGGGAGUCUACCAUGUUUUGAUACCUACGAGGAGCGCGUAGCUGUUUUCCCGUUCAUGUCUAAUAUAUUAAUGGCA